CAGAUGAUUCACCUUCAGCCUUCGUCUGUUCCCCGAUAACAUCACUGGAGCGGCCUUAUCUCUUGGCGACUCGGAUGAAACAUGCAGAUGAACGCAUUUGCAUCUCUUUCAGUUGCGCACCUGUCGUCGCCAUGCCGUCUAUUGGCAUCUGCCUGCUGUCCGGACAAAGACUUAGUUCUCCUGGUUACCCAGGUAGGUCUUUCAGAGGGACUCAACCUAUACAAGAACAACGGAGUCAAGGUCUGGGAAGUUGAUGCCAGCGAUAGUAUUAUUGAUGUGGCUUGGAGUCCAGACGGGAGGAGUAUUGCUGUCACGCAUAAUCAUUAUGUGACGAUCCACUCCCUUCAAGACGGACGUGCAGAACGUAUCUUGUCGGUACUUCCUUCUGACGGACCCAUGUCCAUCAGCAGUGUAUGGUGGCACAGUCAAGAAAAGCCCGUUAGGAAUAGUUCAAUACCAGAUAUUUUCCAAAGAGAUGACGUUGUGACAGGGUCUGCGCGUUCUAUCCUUCAAGCGCUGCCGUUACUCGAUAACAUUCAAGAUGAUGCUCCGAGGGCCAGUGCAAUCGAUCUCUUUGCUUUCCAAGGUUCCCAGACUGGCGCAGAGUCUCAAACAGACAUCCCGGAAAUUAUCAAAACUUGGCCGACGUUAGAGCUUGAUCUGACGUCUGCGUCCAUGGGUUCAGCCAAUCCCGCUCUUCACGUGGAUUCUGCAAGCGGGGAGGUAGCCGACGACGCUGACGACGCCAAUGUGAACAGUAUUCUUGUUGCUGUUGAUAGCAUAGGCCGUAUGCAUUGCUUCCUCGAUGGUAGCUAUCCACUUGGGGUGGCAAAUGUGGGCGGCAGUCUAAGCAUAUCCUCGCUGUACAAACAUCCCAAACAACCAACUUUCUAUGCAUAUCCUUGCCAAACUUCCUUCCCCAUCACUUCAACGGCUCUGGAAACGGUGACGAUCGACUUACCUUUGUUGCAACAACGGCAGGUUCGCGAUAUGGCAAAGUUAUCGACCAUCGUCAGACAGUUAUCAUGGUAUAUUAUGCGCAUCAGUAGAGAGAUGCACGUCACAUGGUUUGGGUCCGACACGGUGCAGGCCGCAAGAGACAUGGGGGCUAAAUGGAUCCAGGGACUGAAAGCGAGGCGGCCGGUAUUCGGCGUGAGCGAUUAUGAUCCUAUUCUGGAUAUUACUACUCUUCUUCUGACUGGCCGUGCGUCCGAUCAGCUCGCUGAUUAUCUAGGAAGCAAUGGCGAGUCAAUGAGCGAAAGGGGCUUGCAGAAAUGGGAAACUACAGUCGUAGAUUCUCUUAUGAAAUUGCGUGACUUUUCCGAAAAGCGUCUCGCUCCUGCCUGUCAACGAAUACACCUCGUCCUAGAGGAGGUGCAAGGAUGGUCGAAAUUACCUGAAUACGCCCUAUUUGAGCUGCAGAGCGACGACCUCGCUACCUGCAUCGAACACUGCAAUCGGGCGAUCAUUUUAGCUGCUUGGCUUGCAGCCACUGCUCGUCGUGAAUUUACUCGUUUCAGAGAAUUCAUGUCAUGGCUUCGUUUUGAAAUUCUGAGCGCAAACCCGAACAAUGACGUUCCUUCUCCAGUCAUUCGUCACGAUAUUUUGGAGGUGAACAAAUAUUUCAUGUCCGGUCUCAUCGUGAGCCCCAUCGACAAAUGGUUUAUGGGACCCGUUCCCCAUUUCAAUCCGCGAGACCUGGGGAUCAAUAAUGGGUCUGAUUCGUCUCUGUCGGAUGUUCUUAAACGUACACGAGAUCUUUUAGAUAAUACGAAGCAAAUGGCAUGGCGCCCUAAUGUUAAGCAAAGGGAUCUGAACCAUAUUGACCGGAACAUUGUCUCGUUAAUUCAAGAAUUAGUUUCACAGUGCCAACGUGUAUUCUCGAGGGCUGCCGGAGCUACAGGACGCUCGGCCCGAAUUACAGUCGGCCCUAAGGCUUUCAAUGAGCGGGUGGUAAACACACGGGCGAAUCUCAAAAUCCGGGAGCGCACGUCAAUAAAGGACGAUAAUGGGAACGCACACUUCUUGCAGCAUUUGGUGAUACCUUCACUAAGCUCGGAAAGCCCAAAUUUUUUGUGUUUGGCACGAGUCCAGUAUGGUAGCGAGGAGGGACCGGAUGCCCUAGUCGAGGCGUGCCUUCUUGAGUGCUACAUCGAGAACGAAGACGGCUCCAAGGAAGAAUUGGAGGUACUGGAAGCGGAAUUUUUUGACGAUGAAUGUGUCGUAAUUGUUUACCGGCUUCGGGGCGAAGACGGGGGAACGUUUAUCGCAACAGUUGGUUACAAUGAUUUGGGGUAUCAAGGGCUGGCGUCUGAUGCAGAGUACGUAAGAGCUCAUCUGCGUGAAAAUUUAAUGGACGAUGCAGUCUCGCGGUGGAGGACGGGUCAGAUGGGAUCGGUACGGAUUCCGAUCAAGCGGUGCCGUCGAUUGGCUGGAUGUCAGGCAGGGGAGGUGGCUCUUGCGGUGAACGGAAGGAUAGGCAGGAGAGUUGCAUGCGUUAUUGGCGGGAAAAAGAUGACGAUGGAGGUCAUCGACCUGGAAGGUGAGGAUGCGGAAGGAGAAGAGAAUGUAGAGAUCUCCAUGGCCGACGAAUGAAUCUGUAUCUGGCACGGUGACUUGAAAAUUAAAGGGCGAACGGGGAAUAAAGGGCGAUAGCAUGGCCGGUAGAAGGGUAUAGUCGCGAUUCUGUGCAAGGUAAAAAGGAAAGAAUGGGUGCUCGAUUCUGGCGCGAGGCAAUACAAGCUUCUGUGGGGCAGAAAUAGCAGACGAUCCCAGUAGGAUUCAGUGAAAUAAAUUGCUUCUGGUAUACUUUUCAGCUCGAGGCGGUGUUUCUGUAAUUGUACAAAUCAUCGGCUAACUUGGUCGGACU